UUCUCCGCCCCCGGGGGGGGAGCCUCACCAGCAACAAAGCGGCCGACAGGCAGGGGUCUGGGGUCGCGCACCGAGAAACGGGACUCCCCGCCAGCCGCUCAGCCUCCCUGGCCUGGGCAGAUGCCCAGGCGCCGGAGGUCAGAAGUUCCUCUGGACAAGCGCCGGCCCCACAAGAUGGAUGUGUGGCUGUCAAUCAUUCCCCGAGAUCUUCCUUCGGUCCUCAUUUUUUACUUCUUUAUAAACAUUAGGGUUAAUUUGAAACUGUCAGCAGAUCAUACAUGUUAUAAAAGUAGAACUUAAUUGAAUUAUUACUGAUGUUGUAGAGCAGACUGUAUUAAGUACGAAAACUGUGCAUAUUUCAGAAGUGAACUUAUCUCCUCAGGAAUGCUUAAGAAGCAUGAAGUAUCUGGGAAUAGACCACAUUGUGAUUUAACAAACACUUGCCCAGAGCAUUGCUGUGUAGGGCACAGGGUAAGAGCUGUACUCUGGAGCCAAGUUGGGUUUGAAUCCAAGGUCUGCCCUGUUAGCUGAGCAACCUUGGGCAGGUUAUUUUACCUGCAUCUGUUUCCUCAUCUUUAAAAUGGGUUUUUGUGGUGAUUUAAUAACUUUUCUGAGUACUCUGUAAGUGGUUAUGGUAUUAACUCAAUGUAGUCUUCACAGUCACCCAGAAUGUAGUGUCCCUAUUUUCCUGACACUCCAGCUGAGGCACAGAGAGAUGAUGUGACUUUCCCACGUCACAACACAACCAAUGACCAGGAAUUAAGUCCAUACAGACCACAGUUUUACACACUACCUUAGGCUGCCUCAUGAACUGGAUUUGUUCAUUCAGUUUCAGUUGACAAAUACUUAUUUUGUUCCUCUGUGGACCAAGUUCUUUGCUGGGUACAAGGGACAGAGAAGAACAGAACUCAGACCCUGCCCUCCCAGUGCUUGCAAUCUAGUACAGGUUGUUUACAGCUGGGCUGCAGGGUGCCCAUGAAUCCUGGUAAAAUCUUUUGCAAAUGUUAUGAGUACAGGUCUUUUCUUUUUUUCUUUUUGGAAAGAGACUCUGUGGCUCUUACCAGGUUCUCCAGUGGGUCUGUGAUCCAAAGUUAGGAAGAAACAUUGUGGCGGAACAGCUAGUAUCUAACCUAAUGCCUGACAACACAGCAUGAGCUUAAAAAGAAAAAGAAAAACCACUGGUUGAAUGGAUGAAGAACUUUACAGGAGGUUAAGUGCUACAGUAAGGUUAAGAGCAAGAUGCAGUGGAAAAGCACACACAAAGAUCCUCCUUGUCCAGGAAUGCCUCCUAGAGUCAGCAAUGCCAGUGAAGUGAAGGGUAGGGAAGCAAUUCAUUGGAACAUGGUGGUGAUGAGUCUCUGCCCUCCUGGAGGGUGAGACAGAAACAACACAUGAACAGCGGCUAUGACAGGUGGCACAGAGGAGCAGUCCUGGUGCCAUGAGAGUCUAUAAUGGGGACAGGAGACUUAGUCUAUUCAAGAUGGUCAGGGAAGUUUCCCUGAGAGAGUGACCCUCAGAUCUAGGAGUUAGGGCCACUUUGGGCAUGGGGAACAGCCCUUAGCCUUCAAAGACCCUGUGGUGGGCACAGGCAGAGCACCAGGGACUGAAAAGAACUGGUGUGGCUGGUGGGGUUGGGGGUGCGGCAGAUGGGCACAGAUUCGGGUAGUGACAGAGCCCAGACAGAGAGGCCUUUUAGACCAUGGUGUAAGGCAUUUGUAUUUUGUUUUAUGUCUUUAUCCUAAAGUGCCAUUGAAAAGUUUAUUGCAGGGAGGUGACAAGAUCACAUUUUGAGAAGAAGUUGGAGAGAAGCCCAAGUGAUUAACUGAAGCCCUGGAUGAGGACAGGAUCUCUGAGGAGAAACUGUAAGACUUUCAGCUCACACCAGAAAUUUCAAGUGAAUUAAAGGAGCUAACUUCUUAAAAUCAAACAAAAAUACAGAAGAACAUAUGGAUGAAUUUUUGUCUGACCAUGUGGUAGGCUGAGUACAUUCUGAGUCCCCAGGACGGUGGGAAUUAGCCAAUGGACUGCCGGCAUGCUGUGGAAAUUGCUGAUAAGCUCCCAGCCCUGCAGGCUGUGUUCUUUCAGAAAGAUGCUCUCAGCUUCAAAAUACAGACCCUCUUUAGCAUGCUUCACCUAUGCAACUGAUCGUCAGUCAAACAAAGAAAAUAAAAGAACAGUGGAAAAGCUCUAUAAAUUUUCAGUGGAUAUCAGGAAAAUACGCAGAUUAAAAGGAUGGGUACUUUUUGAAGAUGAAACCUAUGUUGAGGAAAUUGCAAAUGUUUUACAACUGCUAGGUGCCAAUGAAGCGGCUAUAGCCAGUAUUUUGGAACACUGCCCAGAAGCAAUUGUCUGCAGUCCAACCACUUUUAACACCCAGAGAGAACUCUGGCAGUUGGUCUGCAAAAACGAGCAAGAGUUAGUCAAAUUAAUAGAACAGUUUCCAGAAUCUUUCUUUACUGUUAAGGACCAGGAAACCCAGAAGCUGAACAUUCAGUUCUUUCAAGAGUUGGGACUCAAAAAUGUGGUCAUUAGCAGAUUUUUGACAACUGCAUCUAAUAUUUUUCAUAAUCCUAUUGAGAAAAAUAAGCAAAUGAUAGGUAUUCUCCAAGAGAGUUAUCUAAAUUUAGGUGGCUCCGAGGCCAACAUGAAAGUUUGGUUACUGAAAUUAUUAAGCCAAAAUCCAUUUAUUUUGCUAAAUUCUUCUGCAGCUAUAAAGGAAAUACUAGAAUUUCUUCAGGAGCAAGGUUUCACAAACUCUGAAAUUCUCCAGCUUCUAUCCAAACUGAAAGGAUUUCUUUUUCAACUUUGCCCAGAAAGUAUACAGAACAGCAUUACCUUCUCUAAAAAUGCUUUUAAAUGCACAGAUUGUGACCUGAAGCAAUUAGUUUUGAAAUGUCCUGCCAUUUUAUAUUAUUCUGUUCCAGUUUUGGAAGAGAGAAUUCAGGGAUUACUGAAAGAAGGAAUUUCCAUAGCUCAGAUAAAAGAGACACCAAUGGUGCUUGAAUUAACUCCACAGAUAGUACAGUACAGGAUAAGGAAACUGAAUUCCCUAGGCUAUAGAAUAAAGGAUGGACAUCUAGUAAAUCUAAAUGGAACAAAAGAAGAGUUUGAGGCUAACUUUGGCAAAAUUCAGGCCAAAAAAGGAAGGCCAUUAUUUAACCCUGUGGCACCAUUAAAUGUGGAAGAGUAACUUGGGGACUGCUGCUGCUUUCUAGAAUUGCAGAGUGAAGCUGAGGGGCAAAGACUUAAGUGAGUCAGGCAGUUUAUAGGCACUAGUAAUUUUAAGAAACUACUUAGCUUAUGAGCUCUAAGUUACCUCUGAGUAGAUAAUCUCAGACUCAUUUGCUAUAUUUUAAACUAUAAACUGCAUUUAUUUUAAAUAAAGUUGGUAAUUUUUACCUUGAACUGCUAUGUCAAAAAACUUCUGUACUAGUAAAUGGCACAUCAGAGUGA